GCACAUUACUGUCUUUUGGCCCUGGUGGCCCUGGUGGCCCUGGUGGUCCAGGGUGUAUCCCCUAUUCCCUGUCAUCAGGCCCGUCUGUCUCCUGCCACCCAGGAAUAGGAAGGCAGGAAGGCUGUCACGGCACACCGGCCACUCGAGCAUUGAUUGAUCUCCCAAAGCAUCCCGCGGGAGCCCUUGCUUCCAGGAGCCAGCCCUGCCGAACCUGCCCGCCUCGCAAGCUACCACACCUGCCACGCCAACUUGCAAGGAACCUACCCUGCCUGCCUGCCUGCCUGCCUCCUGCAGUUGCGUCUUGGGGCGCGCAGGACAAACCCCUCCAGCGUCCAAAUCCAACGUCCAGCCUUCCGACGUCCAGCCUCCCGGCCUCCAGCCAACUCCGACAUCCCAUCCUCCCAACCUCUCCAUCGCCGCCCAUCCCGUCGGACUAUACCUAGAGCCUUGGCCUGGCCUCUCUGUCUUGGUCGGAGCCGCGGAGCCACGGGAGCCACGGGACAACAGCUCUGGCGUAAUCCUCUCUACCCCUGCCGUCGACUCGUUUCUCCAGGACUGAAGCUAUGGUGAUCCCCGCCAACUCACAUUAUGCCCUUUCUUCGCACCAAGCGUGGAACUCCGGCCAGCGAGUCUGAGUUGCGCCGCUCAGCUCUGGACCCAGAAGACCAGGUCCACGACCCCAAAGAACCGCCGCCCUUGAGGUCCUCCACCUCACACAACGACCUGCCUCAACUGCAGUUGUUGCGCUUCGACUCCCACGCCUCAGCUGACGCUGACGCCGACGCCGCUCCUGCCAAUGGCUCGACUCCUGCAAUACCAGCUCCCCCCGUCACUCCUCCCCACGACAGUCCCUCGACUUCCGCCCCCGCCGACAAUGCCCUGGCUGUCCCCAAUCGAGACGCCAUCGAACGCCCCGACUCGCCGCCCAUCCAAGACGAGACGCCAAAACACCGCCGCUUCUCCAUGUUGAGGUUUCGCAAUGCCUCCGACUCCCAGCUGUCGGCCAGGGCCAAGAAGCAGGCCCAUGUUGACGACUCCGCGCCACCUGUGCCGCGCCCUCCCCCAGAUAUCAUAACCACCGCGCCCACGGUGGAUUUCGGUACUGUUCCCAGGAAACCAUCCCGCAUGUUUGGUCGUCUACGGCGUUCUGGAGAGGAGAUGCGGGCCGACCAGCAACAGCAGCAGCAGCAGCAACAACAACAGCAACAACAACAACAUCCACAGCUUCAGCAACGGCCUUCAACCCAGGGGCUCAGCAAAAAGGACAGGCGCAAGUCCUUCCUACCCGGCAGCUCCAACGGAAAAAUGUCUAUAAGCAUAGAGGAACCAAAGCGGCCCAAGUCAUCGAACGCCCCUUCAAGCAAUGGCGCCGUUCAGCACCCCCCGCUUCCAUUUCCCGCGACCAGGUUGUCCGAGUCCUCAAGGUCCGAAGACAGCUCGGAACGCAUGCGCGGGAGUACGGCACCCAACUCGUCUGCUAGUUCGAACACGAGCAACUUCUUCCGACUCCCACGGCGGAAGCCAAAACAGCCCGAGCCUAUGUUUCCCAUUGCGCAUCUGCAGAAGAAUCGCAGCCAUGAAAACAACGCCAACUCGAACCCGUCUCUGGCACCCUCGACUCCCGUGCGCGCGAGCACUUCGUCCGCCGCCUCUGGAUUUGGACCCCAGCAAACUCCUGUCGCCCGAGGUCCCAGUGGGGGCAACGGCGUAACCACACCCCCAGGGCCAUCGCCUGCGCGGGCUUUGUUUCAGAAAUCACAUGCCUCACCAGCAACAGCUCUCUUCCGGCCGAGAUCUACUAACAGUGGUGCCUCGUCGCCAACAAGAUCACAUGUCAAUUUGCGGGGUAGGUCGUCGACAAUGAGUUCUCUCGGCCGGGAGUCCGUCGACGAGCGUCUGGCACCAUCAGUCCCACGAGCAUCUACUUCGACGGGCCGAAAAAGCUUUGGUGACCUCUUGGGGAUCAGCAGGUUGCGGAACAACCCCGAGUCUCUGCGUCAGGGAACCGGUACACCAGCCACCCCGGGAUCCAAUACCUCCAAGGAUAACUCUCUGAAUAUACAAAGAGAGUCGGUCGUCCUGCCCGAGCGACGGGAGGAUGAGAAUCCAGGGAGAUACCUCGAGCGCCUCGAGGAAGUCGCAAGUCGCAGCGUCAUAGCUGCAGCGAUCUCAAAGAGCUCAGACGCCUUCUCUCUCGCUGUUCUUAGGAGCUACAUGCGGAGAUUUGGCUUCUUCGGCGACCCCAUGGACAUGGCUAUAAGGAAGCUGUUGAUGUCCGCGGAGCUACCCAAGGAGACGCAGCACAUUGAUCGUUUUCUACAAGCUUUCGCCAACCGCUAUCAUGAAUGCAACCCUGGAAUCUACGCGAACCCGGAUCAGGCAUAUUUCAUAGCCUUCUCGAUCCUGAUUCUGCAUACCGACGUGUUCAACAAAAACAACAAGCACAAAAUGCAGAAACCCGACUACAUCAAGAAUACUAAGGGGGAAGGAAUCUUCGACGAGAUACUCGAGGUUUUCUACGACAAUAUCACCUACACGCCCUUCAUCCACGUCGAGGAUGAUCUGGACAUGAAUGGAGACCGGAUAAUUGCCAGCAAGACCUCCAAGAAGAAGUCAAUAUUGCCCAAUGCCAACGUGCCAGACCCCGCAAGCAAACGAGCUUCCAAGGAGCCCAUUGAUCCAUAUACCAUCAUUUUGGAUAACAGACUUGACAUACUGCGGCCAAAUCUGAAGGACGUGAUGCAACUGGACGAACACUUCAGCUACCUUGGGACGGCUCAGAGCUUGAACCUCAAGGAACUGCAGAGAACCUUCUUCAGAACGGGUAUUCUACAGAUCGUUUCAGCAAGGUCUCGUCCUGAUGCCUUCAUGACCGAGAAGACUGUUACGAAUCCCCAGGAGGCACAACCUGGCGUCGUUGACAUAAAGGUCACGAAAGUCGGCCUCCUGUGGCGCAAGGACGUGAAGAAGAAAAAGACGAGGUCACCCUGGCAAGAAUGGGGGGCCAUCCUUACCGGCGCGCAGCUGUACUUCUUUCGCAACACUGCCUGGGUCAAGAAUCUCAUGCACCAGUACGAGUCACAUGUCAAGCAAGGCCACGAUGCCAUGCCGAUCAUAUUCAAGCCACCGCUGGAGACUUUUAAACCAGACGCCCUGAUGUCCACUGACGGCGCCGUCUCCCUGUUGGAUGCGACAUACAAGAAGCAUAAGCAUGCAUUCGUGUACGUGAGACAAGGAGGACUUGAAGAGGUCCUGCUUGCCGACAACGAAGAGGAGAUGAACGACUGGUUGGCGAAAUUGAAUUAUGCGGCGGCUUUCAAGACGAACGGCGUUCGCAUGAGAGGCGUCCUGGGCAGCAACUACGAUGGCCAGGGCCGAAGAGCAUUCAGGAGGUUGGAAACGGAUGCCGUACAAACACCGAGUGGAGAGGUGACGAUCGCGCGGUCGAAAGUAGACCAGCAGAUGGCUCACGACAUCCUGUUUGCACGCCGCGAAAUCAUCUUCCACAAGGUCGCUGAAGCCAACGAGAAGCUCCAGCACGAGGAAAAGAAACUCGAGCAGGCGCUCAGGAAUGCUCGGCACCUUCAACUGCUGGCGCCGGUGCAACCAAAGACUCGGGACCAGAUGCUCAUGGCAGCUGGGCGUAUGGCAGCGCAGCUCAAAUGGAUGAGGGUCGAGAUCUGUAAGAUCAAGUGCCAUCGAGACAUCCUCCUCAUGGAUCUCGAAGAAGAGCGGCAAAUGCUGGGGCUUCCAGCAGGGCCAAUGUCGGAAGCCAUCAGCAGCCCUGAGAAGCCCGCCCUGGGUCGUGAGAUCUCAAAGGCCAGCAGCGGCACGGUGAUGCCGAGUCCCCUGGUCCCCGUGCCGACCAACUCGCAGCGCAGCCACGCAGAAGGCGCCGGGUCGGAUGCUGAAUCAGGACAGGGCGAGGCGUUCCAGACACCGCCAUCAACCGCAGCCCCAUCUUCAUUCCACAAGCAUCAAAACUCUUGGGAGUUGCCCGCACUGAACUUUGACCGAACCAGCAUGAGAAAAGCCUCUGUGUCGAGCGCGGUCUCAUCCCACGUGUCUACCCCUACUACGCCACCCCGGACAGCCAUAAAAACCAGCUCCACAGUUGAUGAGGCCGCUGCCGCUGACAAUGGCGAGGAUCACCAUGAGCCAGACGCACGCGAGCGUGAGCUCCUGGAAGAAGCAGGCCUGCUCGGUGCGGAGGUCACGCGAAGCCCCGAGCCUAUCGAACAGGCGAAACCCAUCGAUCCCGAUGCCACUCCUGAGCGGCCGGAGCACGCCACCCAGAGUGGUUCGAUGGACAAAGCCGACAAGAACAAAAUCCGCCGCAGCCUGCAGCGCACCCUCAGAGAGGGCGCGGGCCAUCUGUCCCAUGCUCGAAGCCGCAAAGGCAAAGAGCCCGCCACGAGCGGCUCAACGGACGAUAACGAGUCCGAGAUGCUCACUCGCGGGUCCGGCUCUUUCGUCGUGCACGGAAAGAAAGCCUCGGUCAUCACCUUCGGGUCCGAGCUCCAGAGCAGCCUGUCGCCCGACGAGCACCUCCGCGCACGUAAGGCGUCGAACGUGGAAGGCAGUGCUGCGCACAGCGACAGCGCCGAGGCCACGAGCGUGGCCGCCGGCACCGGCAGCGGCAGCGGCAGCGGGAGCGGCGAGGGGGACUAUCGCGUCUUCCUGCUCUCGGGCCCGAAGAGCGCCACCAAGCGGCGGUCCUCGGCGGCAAGCGCCAGCACGGCGACGGCCCGGAGCUUCAGGGACCUGCACAGGAAGUACAGCACGGCUCAGGCGGCCAAGGCGUCGUCCUCGGGCGGGAACCUCACCGUCCCCUCGGACGGCGAGAGCGACCCGGCCCUCAGCUUCUCCGACGGCCGGCGCAGCCCGCUGCUGCCGGAGCACGUCGAGGCGCUCAAGGAGGAGGAGGAGCAGGGUAGCAGCAGCCUGGCAGACGCGCUUGACGACGACGACGAGGACUCGGAGUUCAAGAGCGCGACGAUGAACAAGACCAGGGAGACGCUGUUCUUCACCCCGGAGCCCGGGCCGGCGACCCCGCCGUCCGCCGGCAGCGUCAAGGACGGCGGCGCGGGCGGGGAGCUGCUGGACGACGCCACCCCCACCGCUGCCACCACCGCCAAGGAGGGAGGCGGCCAGGAGGAGGCGAACGCUGCUGUUCCCGUGCUUGUUUGAACCCGGACCGGACCGACUUGACAGCGGGUCGCAUCCCCGUACCUACUCCGUCGAACAGCGAGCGGGGUGAAAAAGAAACAAGAAGGAAAAAUGAUCGCGGCAUUGGUGUGUGGGAGGUCAUGAUGAAACGAUUUCAUUCUGUCUACGAUACUUAGUUAAUAAUCAAACUUCCACAACACCGAAGGACAGAGAGAGAGAGAGAGAGAGAGAGAGAGAGAGACUGGGGAGGCAGGAGGCCACCCCGCUACUGGCGUGACCCACCCGACCCCGACCCGGCCGGGCUUCUUCUUCAGCAGCCCCCUUUUUUCUUGGUUCUGUUUUUUUUUUUCUCUCUCUCAAUCCGAUGACAGACAUCAUCUGUAUUUAUGUACAUAGACAAAGGGGCAUGAAAGGGGGGCAAAAACGGAAUAAAGGGCGAAAAAACUUGAUACCACCACCACCACCACCACCCAGCACCAACGCCAUCACAACAACCAUAACCAUAACCACCGCAUAUCUUCAACAAGACUAUUUGUUCUUCUCUUUGUUUUUGUCCUCUUCUCUUUUUUGUGUGUGUGUGCACGCGGCGGGCGGCGGGCGGGCGGGCGCUGCGGACCAGCGGCUGCGGUGAGCUGGCUAGUUAGGUAUGCAGCUGUUUG